CUCUCCUUAUCAGUGCAGCAGAUGACGGCUUUAAUGUUACACAGUAACAGGACUGUCGAUGCUCGCGCUCUUCUUGGCUCAUGGGCUCAGUUCACCGACCUUGGUUCAUUUUCAGGACGGAGGCGACGAGAGAGACCUCUCUUUCCACCAUUCAUUGAAAACCCGAAGAGGAAGUAUAGCGAGAGCACGAUUGCAUUCAGGGGUCAUCAUAUUCUGACAUGCCUGUGUUUCCACCGCUGCUAUGGAGCACGUAACUGCUAGUGAGGAACCGUCUGCUACACUGAUGUACCAGGUGGAACGUCCUGUGUUCAAUGAAGGCUAUAUUGACUCAAAGCUUUUGCAUAGGAAGAAGAGGACACCCAAGUCCAUUCAACUGAGAAUAGCUGAACAUCUCCGGUGUUCGUCUAAGAAAGCCAGAUCUGUUGUAUUUGGUUUCCUGCCCAUUUUAACAUGGCUGCCAUCAUAUCCACUAAAGCAAUACCUGUUUGGAGACAUAGUUUCUGGCAUCAGCACAGGUGUAAUGCAACUACCCCAAGGUCUUGCUUAUGCAAUGCUGGCAGCUAUUCCUCCAGUGUUUGGUUUAUAUUCAUCAUUUUAUCCCGUGCUAUUAUACACAUUCUUUGGUACCUCCAAACAUAUAUCAAUAGGUACUUUUGCAGUUAUCAGUCUGAUGAUCGGUGGGGUUGCUGUAAGGGAGGCCCCGGACUCCAUGUUUGCAGUCCAUGGGACUAAUGCAUCACAGGUUGUGGAUUUUGAGGCUCGUGAUGCCAGAAGAGUGGAGGUGGUUGUAGCUUUGACAACCCUAGUAGGAAUCAUACAGUUUGUUCUGGGUCUGCUGAGAUUUGGCUUCCUGGCGAUUUACCUGACUGAGCCGCUGGUGCGAGGUUUCACCACGGCUGCCGCUGUGCACGUCUCAGUGUCGCAGAUCAAGUACCUGCUGGGAGUGCACACUGCGCGCUUCAAUGGGCCUCUCUCUGUAGUGCAUAGUCUUGAUGCUGUCUUCAGAAACAUUGCAAGCACUAAUGUUGUCACUCUUAUUAUUGGACUGGUGUGUAUAGUGUUCCUGUACUUCAUCAAAGAUCUCAAUGAGCGCUUCAAAAAGAAGCUACCUAUCCCCAUCCCUGGAGAAAUCAUAGUGGUGAUCGUGUCCACUGGAAUCUCAUAUGGGAUGGUUAUGUCUGAAAAUUAUGGAGUUGAAGUCGUGGGUAAAAUUCCCACUGGGUUGCUGCCACCCAAGAUUCCGGACUUCUCGGUCUUUCCUAACCUCUUCCCAGACGCCUUUGCUAUAGCUGUUGUUGGCUUCUCAAUUGCAAUAUCAUUAGCCAAAAUCUUUGCUUUUAAGCAUGGCUACAGUGUGGAUGGAAAUCAGGAGCUCAUCGCUCUGGGACUUUGUAAUUUUCUGAGUUCAUUCUUCCACACGUUUGUGGUUACCGCCUCAAUGUCUCGCAGCCUGGUACAGGAGAGCACGGGAGGACAUACUGAAAUUGCAGGACUCUUGGCGUCCCUACUUGUGCUACUGGUGGUGGUGGCCAUUGGAUUUGUCUUUCAGCCAUUACCUACAACCGUGCUGGCUGCUAUCAUUUUUGUCAAUCUCCUGGGGAUGUUUAGGCAAAUAAAAGACAUUCCUGCAUUAUGGAGAACCAGCAAGAUUGAACUGGCAAUUUGGCUGGUGUCCUUUUUCGCAUCAGUUUUCCUGGGUCUGGAUUAUGGUCUGGUGGUUGCCAUGGGCUUUGCCAUACUCACAGUCAUUUACAGAACACAGUGCCCUAAGAAUGCUCUUCUUGGACAAAUCCCAGGCACGGGACUUUACUUUGACGUGAAUGAGUAUGAAGAGGCUGAGGAAUGCUCGGGGAUCAAGAUUUUUCAGUCCAAUGCUUCCAUAUACUUUGCAAACAGUGACCUAUAUGUCAGCGCCCUCAAGGCAAAGACUGGAAUUGACCCUGCACAACUGCUCGCUGCUAGGAAAUCACAGCUAAAAUAUGCAAAAAAAGACAAUGGGAAGAGGAAGACUGAAAACCACUGCUCUCCAGUAAAGAAAAAUGCAGUUGUCUUAUUGGAUGUGGAGCUGGGCGUCACUCGUGAGGUGGUGGCUGGGGCGGAAAAGCAGAUGGAUCAUGUGUAUACCAAUGGCCAGAUGACUGAGAACCACGCUGAGUCUGAAUCUGAGGAUGACCUCUUUCUGCAGCGUCUGACCCCCGUUCACACCAUCGUACUGGACUUUACUCCUGUCAACUUUAUUGACUCUGUAGGAGCCAAAACCAUUAAAUCAGUGAUAAAGGAGUUUGCAACAGUUGACGUGAAAGUUGUGCUUGCUGGAUGUAGCAGGACCCUUCUCUCUGAUCUCAGGACACUUAAAUUCUUCUGUGAGCCCGUGACCCCUGACCUCAUUUUUCCCACCAUUCAUGACGCAGUGUUGCAUUGUAGGCACUCGAAGGACGUCCAGUGAGCACAAAGACCAAACUAGGUGGCAGAAUAUGGAUCGUGUCGUGCUAAAACAAGCACAAGUACUGUUACUCCUUAGUCACUUUUGUAAUGGAUAUCACUUUUGGAAAUCAUGAUAAUGAGAGUAGACUGGAAAACAGUGAGCAAGCCAAAAUGUAUUUGAUGGAAACACUAUUUAAUGUGAAUAUACCAUCAAAUGUUGAGCUCAAUAUGAUGUAUUAUUACAGUAGCCAUAAUCAUAAGCUCCACCACAAUUUGUUACUGACGCCUGUAAAACACUCUGUACGUUCAGUUCUUUUAAGUGCAAUUAUUGUAGAUGGAUUCUUGCCCAGUGUUUAUUUUUUUUAGCACUGGUCUAAAUAUUUUAUUGACAUUACAACUUAUUUUUAUGAUAGAAAUUAAGUUUUACGAUUGUUGACCAUGUGCUAGUAUUUCUUUCCUCUGUAUUUUAUAUAUUUUUAAAAUCUACUUUUUCUGGCUGUAGUAUUUUGUAAAUAAAAGAACUAAUAUGUUAAAUAUAUUUUAGACCUGAUCACAUAAUUGCACUGUUGGCGAGCAUGCUGCUUUCGGU